AUGCGACUACCUAGGAGCGCGUAUCUUCCGCAACGAACAGUGCCCUCGCCCCUUGCCUCUUUUCCCCUUCUUCUCGCCUCUACAGCCGCUCUGUUCACUCAACAUGCCUUUGCAGCACACGAGGACUCGAUAACCCAUAAGGAUGACAACCACCCACGAUCACAUAGUGCUUUUGAGGUUGAUGUAGGACAUAAUCUAGAAAGAUAUGAGCCAGAGUUCGCUGGCGCUGAUCGAAGCAUCAUCGGCAGAGCUGGAGAAGUCAUUCCAGCAUUGGGGAACAAUGCCCCAGGCAUCCUGAAUAUUGGUCAAAGCGCUAGCCAAUACUGGACUUUUCCCAGUACAACGUUAUUUGGACCCAACUCGCCUCAGACACCUGGCCUUCCAUCAUACUUCGAGGGGCAAAACGUCUCUGUCACUCCAGAUGCCCCAGGCGAAAUCGAACUCUACAUAAGUCUUACGACUUGCGAGCAGCCGCUUGCGACAGACCCUAAUCAAACUGCUGCCCCAGAUCAGUUGAUGCUCUACGUUUCAACAUCUUCCAACAAUCAACAGCCUGAUCAGAAAAAUUGUGAUCAUGUCGUGCUAAUUGUUGGGGGCUUUGGCUGGUUGAACAUAUCCGUCAAGAAUGAUGUAUAUUUUGGGGUCUAUGCUCCUGCAAAUGAGGGCUAUGAUGGGGUCUAUAACUAUCAGCUCACGGCAUCUAUUGAUGGCUUUUAUGCCUCUUCAUACAGCGACCCCAAUGUUAAACUUGUUGAUAGCGACACAAAUUCCGCGCUCCUCUACACGAACAAUACAACCAGUACCACGAAUUCCUCAAAUUCUACGUUUCAGCAAUGGAUGAACAGACCACCAGUGUUUAGCUUGUUCGUGCAGAAUCAGGACAAUCCUUCCAUACUCGGCGUGCAGAACUCAGUAUGCGGAUUGCAAAAUCUGGCACAGAUCCAAGGUCUCCCAGAUGUCGAAACUGUUAUGACAGCAGCUGGUGAUAGCCUACCAAAACAACAAUUCUAUGUAAAGAAUCUUAACUGGAGCUCGACAUAUUACGCCGUAGCAGCUAUGAUUGGCAACUCCACAGACCAAGGGUCCGGCGUCGUGGGUGGUGGAGGCACAGUGUGGAAGCCAUCAAAUAUCACGACCAAGUCUUACGACAAUUGCGCCCUUCUCUUCAACCUGCCCUUUUGCACUUCCGUUGCAUACGCUGCUCCGGCUAAUCCUAAUACUUUCAACUCAACAGAACUUCUCGCUCACCACUACGAUCAAUACGCUCUUGGUAUCUAUCAAAACUUUACGAACUCACUCCAACAAAUUCCGUGCAACACUACAUCCUCCGCUCAGUAUUCGCUUGCCAGAAACUGUAGCGAUUGCGACGCCGCUUACAGACAGUGGCUUUGCGCGGUCACUAUACCCAGAUGCGAGGAUAUCUCGAAUCCGGCUCCGUACAUGCAGCCCAGGGCGGUGAAUCAUUCAUUCAUCAACUCAUCCUACGCAAUUGCUGGGAUUAAUGGGGACUUGGCAUUCAGCCCGCAUAACCGCAGUAGGAUCUCCUUCAACAGCAGUCGUAACCCCAUGAUUGAUGCUGUAAUCCGACCUGGUCCGUAUAAGGAGCUGCUACCAUGCAAAGACAUAUGUUAUAACCUCAUCCGGAGUUGUCCCGCUGCUUUGCAAUUCGCAUGUCCCUUAGAAGGGCAUGGCUUGAAUUACAGUUACGGAAGUCCUCAUCCCGGGGGUGAGGUUAGGUGGUGCAACAGCCCAUGGACGGGCAUAAGUGGAGCUGCUGGCCUGAGGGUGACGAAAGUCGUGACGUUCUGUGCAGCUUUGGCUGCGGCGUUCUUGGCCACGACGUUAUCAAAUGGGUGUAGGAUCUAG